AUGAUUGAACAUCUUCUCGAGGGCAUGACGCCUGGAAAGGCGAGCUUGUGGCUCCUGGGAUUGUUCUCUUUCUUUUGUAUUUUUCGCAAAAUCCAAGCCUCUGUCCAGAUCGCCCGUCUUGGUGCUAGGGCUCCCAAGAUUUCUUUCAGGCUCCCCUACGCUCUCGAUUUCAUGUACGAUGGUCACAAGGCCAACGUCGCACAUGAUGACUUGGAUUUCUGGAGAAACAAAAUCCUUACUGCUGGGGGUUUGUCGAAUAUCAAAACAGCCGAGCUCGAUGCUGGAAUUUCUACUCGCGUGGUCUUGACCAUUGACCCAGAAAAUACAAAGGCUCUUUUGACUGGACAAUUUGCGGAUUUCGGAAAAGGAGAGCCAUUCCACCGUGAUUGGAAAGAAUUCUUGGGAGACAGCAUCUUCGUCACGGACGGAGAAAUGUGGUCGCGCUCUCGCCAGCUCAUCCGUCCCAUGUUUGCCCGUGAUCGAAUCGUCGACACAGAAACCUUUGAGAAACAUGUCCAAAAACUCAUACCACUUCUAGGUGGAAGCCACUCACCUCAUGCCAGUCGUGUUGUGGAUGUCGGGCCACUCUUCUUCCGGUAUACCCUCGAUGCAGCGACCGAUUACCUGCUAGGCCAAGGCACAGAUAGUCUGGACAACCCGGCAACUGGAUUUGCGGAAGCUUUCAGAUUUGUACAACAACGACAAGCCGAGCUUUUCCGAUUCGGAGUCUUCAGCCCCCUCAUGUCACGCAAGGAGUUCCGACAAAACCUCAAGAUCAUGGAUCAGUUCAUCCAGCCCUACAUUGAAACCGUGCUAUCCUUGUCGACUGCCGAACUGGAUCAGAAGCUGUCAAAACGUGAGACAUUCCUCGACGCCCUGGCUCGCUUCACGCGUGAUCCCCAAGUCCUGCGUGAUCAGCUCGUCGCCGUCCUGCUUGCCGGCCGGGACACCACGGCCGGAACACUGUCAUUCUGUCUAUUUGAACUAUCGCGACACCCCGAAGUGGUUGCCAAGCUGCGCGAGGAGAUCCGCAACCGCUUGGGCGUUGGUGCCGAUGGACAGAAGCCUACUUACACUGAUCUGAAGGACAUGAAGUAUCUCAGCGCUGUCAUCAAUGAGACUAUGCGUAUGUAUCCGGUCGUGCCGUUUAACGUUCGCUACUCGCUUCGGGACACUACACUUCCUCGCGGAGGUGGACCGGAUGGUCUCUCCCCCGUGGGCGUCCGUGCUAACACUCGGCUCAUCUAUUCAACUAUGCUGAUGCAGCGGGAUCCUGAUCUGUACGAUGGACCUGACUCUAAGAACUACUUUGAUCCUGGUCUGUGGAUUCCCGAUCGCUGGGUCGAGGGCUGGCAGCCACGUCCGUGGCACUUUAUCCCUUUCAACGGCGGUCCUCGUAUUUGCAUUGGGCAACAGUUUGCUACUAUCGAGAUGGGAUACACCAUCAUCCGUAUUCUGCAGGCCUAUGAGCGUAUUAUACCUCUUCCGGUUAGUGGCAAGGAUCGCAUCGAGGAUCCUGUGUUGAGGUUCGAGGUAACACUGAGCCCGGGUGCAGAGAUGAACUGUGUAUUUGUCAAAGAAGGAGAAGAUUAUACUCGAUCCAAAGAGAAUCACUCUGCAUGA